CCUCCAAUUUGUGAUUGAAUUUGUACUCCUAGCUCGAUCCUCCCGGGCCGUGACGAACCAGCUCGUGGUGUUGACAUAGUUUCGUCACCAUUGAAGCCAUCAUGAAAGACUCGCCCACCGUCGAGCGUACGCCAGAGCGGCCCCAACGUCGCCGCCUCGCGCACCUCAGUUUGUUCUUCCUGGUCCUCUUCUUUUUCGCAAUUUACACGCCCAUCGUUAGGUUCGCCAACCGGGGCCAUGGGCGAGGAUGGCUCAGCGACGUUCCCAGGCGGCACGGAGGUGGCCCCGAGGACUGGUGCAAGCUGGCCGACGUCCUUUCGCCACCCGACGACGAUGGCCUCAAAUCCGGAGACCGCCUCAUGAGCGACGAGCAGCGCGGAAUUCAGGUGAAGCGGCUGACCGACGCGGUGGCUGUCCCGACGGAGAGCUUCGACGACAAUGGCGACGUGGAUGCGGAUCCACGAUGGGCCGUCUUUGGCGAGUUUCACAAAGUUCUUGAACAGACGUUUACGCUCGUACACUCCCAUCUCGAGCUCAAAAAGGUCAAUCGCUACGGCCUGCAGUACACCCUACGCGGCAGCGACCCGUCCCUCAAGCCGAUCCUCUUCAUGGCACACCAGGACGUCGUGCCCGCCGGAAACGCAUCCCACUGGAAGUACCCGCCCUUCGAACCGCAUUACGACGGGCAGUUCCUCUGGGGCCGCGGCUCCAACGACUGCAAGAACGUGCUCAUCGGGCUGCUGUCCGUGAUGGAGGACCUGCUCUCGCAGGACUUUCGUCCCCGGCGCACCAUCGUGUUUGCGUUUGGCUUCGACGAGGAGACGGGCGGCAAGCGCGGCGCCACGAAGCUGAGCGAGUCGCUCGUCGAAGAAUGGGGCAGGGACUCGUUUGAGCUCGUGCUCGACGAGGGCGGCAUGGGCACCGAGACGAUGGGCGACGACGUGCUGUACGUGUACCCGGCCGUUAGCGAGAAGGGCUACCACGACGUCCUGCUGUCGCUCGACGUGCAGGGGGGUCACAGCUCGCGCCCGCCGCCGCACUCGGCCAUCGGGGCCAUGGCCGAGCUCGUCACUGAGGUCGAGCGCGAGCCGUACAAGCCGCGGCUGACGCGGGAGAGCCCCUUUCGCAGGGUGCUCGAGUGCAAGGCCAAGCACUCGCCCCGGGACGUGCAGCCGUGGCUGAUGGAGGGCCUGCAGCGCUGCGAUGAGGAGAAGAUUGCGGAGAAGCUCGUGUCGCUUAAACCCGAGGAGGAGCGGUGGCUGAUGCAGACGAGCCAGGCCGUCGAUGUCAUCUCGGGAGGCGUCAAGGCCAACGCCCUGCCCGAGCACGUCGAGCUGCUCAUCAACCACCGCGUGGCGCAGCACGAGUCCGUCGCGUUCGUCAACCAGCGGCUAGACAAGAUCGUGAGGAGAAUCGCGCACAAGUACGGUCUCGAUAUGCGCGGCAGCGGCGGGCAAGCGUCGCCGCCGCGCAACGACUCGGCGCUCAAAGGCUCCAUCGGAUACACGGGCGUGCAAACGCUACCACCCGCGCCGCUGUCGCCCACGGACAACGACGUGUGGGCCGUAUUUAGCGGCACCCUGCGGCACGCCUUCGGGUCGGUGCCGGAGGGCGAGGGCCGGACGGUGGUGCCCGUGGGUAACAUCAUGACGGGCAAUACGGACACGGCGCACUACUGGGACCUGACGCGCAACAUCUAUCGGUUCACGCCGGCGCGGACUGGGACGCGGUUGAAUGCCCACGGGACGGAUGAGCGGAUGGACAUGGCGGCGCAUCUAGAGGGGAUGAGAUUUUACUACGAUUUGAUCAGAAACUUUGACCACUGGCAGAGUUGACACCGUUAUAACAGUGGUGCCGCUGGGUCCGAGGAAUGGAGAGAGCCGUCCUAUCGAGCACAGAGCGGCCGGACAUCAUAAAGGUGGCCAAGCACUGGCAGUGGUAAUCUGGCAUCAUGAACCAACAUCAAUCAGCGGAUACAUUGGUCCAUAGGAGCGACAUGGCACCAAGGCGUGGAGUGAAUUGCGCCAGGCAUAGCGUCUGCGUCCAUCAAAUUGUACCAGGCGAUCGACCGUGCCGUCCACAUCAUGUUUGUUAGCAACGGUAGCCCGAAGCGUAUGAAUGGAG